UUACUUCAUCAUCAGCUGACUGAAGUGGGCGGGGUUUUUCCAUACGAUGCAGGAAGUGUUAUGAUACACACCAAGCUUUGUAUUCCACGAUGUCUAAAUAUGAAGAAUAUAUUUGAGAUAAUUACAUCAAAGCGUCUUUGAGAGCGUAAAGGAGUGCGGUGAAAUCAGGCAGGAGACAGCAUGUCUGAGCACAGUGACUCCAGUCUGUCGUCUGAGGAGAGGGUCCGCGCGCUCACCAAGAUGGGCAGCUCUGUGGACGUGAGUGAGGACGUGCCGCCCCGCCGAUACUUCCGCUCAGGGAUGGAAAUCAUCCGAAUGGCCAACAUCUAUGCAGACGAGGGGAAUGUCGAGCAUGCUUUUAUUCUGUACAAUAAGUACAUCACGUUGUUUAUUGAAAAACUUCCUAGACAUCGGGAAUAUAAAACAGCCAACAUUCCUGAGAAGAAAGAAACGAUGAGGAAAUUAAAGGAAAUCGCCUUCCCGAAAGCUGAGGAACUGAAAAAGUUGCUUCUCAAACAGUAUGAAAAAGAACAUGCUGAAUAUCUUGUCCGAAAGAGAGCGGAGGAUGAGGCCCAGGCUCGAGAAGCGGCCAAGCAGCGGGAGCUGGAGGCUGAGCAACAGAGACUGGCCGAACUGCAGGAGCGUCAGCGCGAGCAGCAGCAGCUCAGCGCCUUUGAGGAGAUGAUCCGCAGACAGGAGCUGGAAAAGGAGCGCCAGCGCAUCGUGCAGGAGUUCAGCAUCCCAGCGACACCUGUCUCUCCCCGAGACAUCCUGGUGCCCGACGUACAAGGACCUCCACAGGCCUCAUUUUCACCACUGACGCCCCCCGGGGGAACCCCAAACCACGUCUCUCCAACUCCAGGCCUCCCCGCGUUUGACCGCUCCCUGAAGCCUAGUGCUCCAGUCAGUGCAGGACACAGUGCGUUGAUAAAUGGCUUGCGGCAGCUUUCUGUCCCCGCCGAGCUGUGCCAAAGGUUUUUAAAACUAGCAGAUGCCAACACAGCACGGGCGGUGGAGACCUGUGGGAUUCUCUGUGGAAAGCUGAUGAAGAACGCCUUCACAGUGACACACGUGAUCGUGCCCAAGCAGUGUGGAGGACCAGAUUACUGUGACACAGAGAACGAGGAGGAACUUUUCCUGAUCCAGGAUCAGAAUGAUCUCAUUACUCUGGGCUGGAUUCAUACCCAUCCGACCCAGACGGCCUUUUUAUCCAGUGUGGACAUGCACACACAUUGCUCUUAUCAAAUGAUGCUUCCAGAGUCUAUAGCCAUUGUGUGCUCACCUAAAUUUAACGAGACGGGCUACUUUCGGCUGACAGACUGCGGGAUGGACGAGAUCUCUUCCUGCAAACAAAGAGGAUUCCACCCGCAUCCAAAGGAGCCGCCCCUGUUCUCCGCUAGUCAACACGUCACCAUCACAGACGGAAGUGUGACCGUGCUGGAUUUGCGGUGAUGCCAUUGCUGCUGCUUCGAAACAUGUGCCUUUGCUCUUGACCUCACAGUGACAGACCAAGGAGCUUCUAAUGGUUAAAAAAAGUCCAGCGCCGAUCAUUGCUACACUUGGCCUCUAUUAUCGCAUCUUAGCAGUCUGUAUUUAUUGGUUUAAUUCUAAAAAAUAAUAUCCAAAUGUGACCAAUAAAAGCUUAAAGUUGAAGUGUGUAAUUUUUAGAACCAGCAGCAUCAAACAAAUUUGCAUAAAUAAAGGUAAGAUCUCAAGAAAGCAUAACAGAAAAAUAGAAAUGCAUGGCUUCUGUGAGCUUCCAUUUAUUUAAAAACGGUUAAUUCUGUUUGAUGUUGUAGAAAUUACACAUUUCACCUAAAAACAAACGUUACGGUAUUCACUGCAAAAAAGAUUUUCCAGUACAAAUAUCUAAACAUUUUUAAAUCAAGAAACAUUUACUUGAGUAACAAAAUUAAGUGUUGUUUUCUGAAAAAUGUAUCAAAAUUAAUUGAGUUUAUGCUUGUGUGUGUGUAUGUAUGUAUAUAUAUAUAUAUAUAUAUAUAUAUAUAUAUGUAUAUGUGUGUGUGUGUGUGUGUGUGUGUGUUUUUCUUAUCCCAUUAACAGAUAUUUUUCUUGUUUUAAGCAUAAACUCACUUAAUUUUGAUAAAUUUUUUAGAAAACAACACUUAAUAUCUUACUUUUAUUUGAGAAGGAAAAUAACCUAUCUUGAUUUAUGAAUUACUGUAUGUUUGUGAAGGAAAACCAGACAGAAAUACCAAGUAAUAGAAUCAUUUUUUUGCAGUGAUGUCCAUUUUGUAGCUUUUUAAAAGACUGAAGGCUUAUUGACAUGGCUCAUGUGCAGGAUCACUUAUGCCAUUCACUUAAUAGUGUACUACUGUUAUAUUUGAUUUAAAUAUGCCGUUGUUUUACCUCUGCCUCUGUUCAUACUGGAAAUGUUUCAGACCUUUAUGUUGAUUAAAAGAUCCUCAUAUGCUAUCCUUCAUAUGCGUGACAAUGAAUCAGCUGAUUCUUGAAGUCUGACUGUGAUUUUGACAUAUGCUACUUUAAUGUUUCAGACUGUUAACAUGAUGGCAGAUGAUCAUAGGGAGCAAAAACAUAUUCGUUUUCAUGUUCUUUCAGCCAAACUAUUCUCUGUUGCAUUCCAUAUCAUUUUGCUGUUAGACUUGAAAGCUUAUUUUGUAUGUAAUUUCCUGUAGUCAUGAGGUUCAUUUUAAGGUUCUGAAGCUUUGUAUCUUUUAUUAAUACAUAGUUAAAUGCAAAUAUACCUUCACUUCAAAUAUCUAUUUAGGCAAGACACUACAGGGAAAACUUUCCAGUUAUAUUUCUGUCUAUAUUCUGAAUGUUUUUAACAUAGCAUUUGCUUGAUUUUUCUUACGCUUUUUUAUUAUUUAUUCUGGCCGUUGACAGUAUUUUCUGAUUUAUGAAGUGAUAAAAAGAGAUAUCCCAACUCCCCUCUGUAAAAACCAGAUUUCUGUUCUGGAAAUGUAUGCAGAUAUGUGCGUAUUUAAUUAUACAAUGGCUUGUUUGCAUAUUUAAGCAUAACAUUUCAGAAACACAAAACUGUUGUUUUAAUGUACUGUGAUUAAUCAACUAUGAUGAUAUCUAUUAGUUAAAAUAUCUACCCUUUCAUGUCACCUGUGGUGUUUUGCCUUAAGUUAUAUUAAAGGCUUUGAAAACUAACUUUCUUUUUAUUGCACUUAUGGACUGAAAAUAAACUAUAUGUUUAUUGCUUAA